AUGCAUCCCCGGGGAAAAUUUCUAGCCGGACAUUUGUCCGCUUUCUGUAUCACUCCGACGACAACCGCACUGAUUUCUAGAAACCAUAGCGAUUGGGCUCAUUUGCAAUUGCUCCGAAGGACACCAAGUUCAGAUGCUGGGAACAUGAAUCAGAUCCAUUUUGGAACGGCAUCGGCGCGACGCCGUAACGCCAUGAUUCUUGAAAACAACAGUGGCGACGAAGACGCUCCCAAACAAGGCUUCCUUGCAAAUCUACGCCUUGCCCUCUUCCAUCUUGUUCUGAUCUUUGCCACGGUUGCUUACAUCAUCGCAGGCGCAUAUCUUUUCACAAAGAUCGAGCAUCAGGCGGAACUGGAUCGUUACCAGUCAUAUCAUACGAUCUACCGGAACUUUAUUAAUAACCUAUAUCAAUCCUCGAAUCGUUCGGUAGCGGAUGUUGAAAACCUGAUUGACACCUUCACUUCAAUCAACUUUCGAGCGUUCAAGGAAGGAUUGAAGCCAACUGACUUUCUUGUUCCACAAGAAACCAGUCGCUGGUCAAUGAUAUCUGCAAUUUUCUUUACAACUACAGUACUCACUUCUAUAGGUUACGGUAAUCUUAUCCCAAUUUCAACUGGCGGCAAAAUUUUCUGUGUUGGAUAUGCAAUUUUUGGAAUUCCGCUAACUCUUGUGACAAUUGCGGAUUUAGCAAAAUUUGUGGCAGAUAUGCUAAUUAUGGAUCCAACGGAAGACCCAAAAACUGGCAGACAGCUACUUGUUCUAGUAUUUUUACUUGGUUAUAUGACAAUUUCUGCAUGUGUGUAUACUAUUUUAGAGCCGAUGUGGUCAUUUUUAGACUCUUUUUAUUUUUGUUUAGUUUCAUUGUUAACAGUAGGAUUUGGUGAUCUACAUCCAGUUGGAACCGUUGAGUAUAUGCUUUGUUCCAUUGUUUUUAUUUUUAUCGGUCUUAUACUUACAACUCUUGCUGUUGACGUGAGCGGAUCAGUUGGAAUUGCAAAGAUGCAUUCGAUCGGUCGAGGUUUUGACGCAAUGAAGAUGUUGAAUGCGUUACGUGUUCGAAAAAGUGAGUUCGUCGCAAAAGGGGCGGUCUCAUUGUCGGCUGCUGCGCGGGUGGCGGGUCGACGUCUCGACGGUCAGCAGCCUCACCAACCCCGUUGGUUUGCGUAUGUACCCAAGGACGCACUGACGAUUCCCUACAUUGAUGAAUCGGCAAACGUCUCAUCCAGAACAACGACUACUACUCAUACGAGUAUCUGACGGAAACUACGAUGAGAACACAAAACUAGUCGUCACCUCAUUCUACCCACGCCGUCAGGAGGAUGCCAAUAAUAAUAGCACAUCACCAUCAUCGGCCUCCUCAUCCGGAUCUGAAAUAUCAACUCGUCUUGUAAAUAUAACUCCUGAAGAUGUCGUCAAAUUUUUCGACGAGCAUCCAACCUCAUCAUAUAUAUUCACAAAAGGUCCAGAACCAAUCAGACAUGUGCUCAUACCAUUGUUCGCGAGAAACGAACUUUGUGUUCCACAUCCACUUCAUCAUUAUUAUGAUAUCAAACAUUUGUAUUACGGUAAUCAAGAAGAAGAUGGUAUGGAACAAGAAGAAAUUGAAGAUGACGUAGCAAUUGCCAGGGCCAUUUUGGAUAUGGAUGACGAACUUCUCGAGAAAACCCAUCAAUUUGUGAAUAUCGAAUACCAGCCUGCACCGAUUCUGGAAGAUCAAGAAGUCGGCGCCGACGGAGACAAUGUUGUAUGUAGAGCCCGUGGAUUACCAUGGCAGGCUUCUGACCAUCAUGUUGCACAAUUUUUUGCUGGAUUGGAUAUUGUGCCGGGCGGAAUUGCACUUUGUCUAUCCUCAGAAGGACGUCGAAAUGGUGAAGUAUUAGUUCAAUUUUCAAGUCAGGAAUCCAGAGAUUUGGCAUUAAAAAGGCACAGAAAUUUUUUGCUUUCUCGAUACAUUGAAGUUUAUAAAGCUGGAUUGGACGAAUUUAUGCAUGUUGCAACUGGCUCCUCAACUGAAGCGAUGGAAUUUGUGAGCGCCAAUGCAAUUAUUGUUCGGAUGAGAGGAUUGCCUUAUGAUUGUACUGAUGCUCAGAUUAGAACAUUCUUCGAACCACUAAAACUUACGGACAAAAUCUUAUUCAUCACCAGAACUGAUGGACGACCCACAGGCGACGCAUUUGUUCAAUUCGAAACCGAAGAGGAUGCCCAACAGGGUCUUCUGAAGCAUCGCCAAGUCAUCGGACAACGCUACAUUGAGCUCUUCAAGAGCACGGCGGCCGAAGUUCAACAAGUUGUGAAAAGAUGCAAUCUGAUUAAUAGCUCUCCAGCAGUAGCAAAUGCUGUUGAAGCACCGGAAGAGAAAAAGAAGGAUUGUGUACGCCUACGUGGAUUGCCUUAUGAAGCUACUGUGCAACAUAUCGUCACAUUCCUUGGUGACUUUGCAACAAUGGUAAAGUUCCAAGGUGUUCAUAUGGUAUACAACAAUCAAGGUCAUCCAUCAGGUGAAGCAUUCAUUCAAAUGAUCAAUGAGCAAGCGGCUUCUGCCUGCGCUGCUGGAGUUCACAAUAACUUUAUGUCUGUUGGCAAAAAGAAGAGAUACAUCGAAGUAUUCCAAGCAUCUGCUGAGGAGCUUAACCUUCAUCAUCUGGUUGGUCAACAACAUCAGGUUCCACCACCGGCUCCAUUGGGUUUCAUGGGGCAGCUGCCACCACAGGCACCACAACCACAACAGUUCUGGUCAAGUUACCCAUCUCCACCAAUUUCACCAAUUGUGCCAGGGCAGGUUACCCAAUUGAUUAUCUAUGGUAUCCAUAUGAGCAUCGGAGUUCCUGAGCUGGUGGCUAAUUUCACAACACCGGAACAUACUGUUGAUAAUGUCCUAUUCACACGUUGGCCAACUCAUUUGUGUCCGGGAGAAGCCAUUUUGACGCUCCGCAAUCGUGGUGCUCCACCGCCUCAAACGAGCCCAUUAUCACAAAUUUCUCAGUUAUCUGCUCCGAACUUCGCUGCUUAUUCUCACCAUCCACAAAACUUCCCACUUCAACCGAUUUUGAUGGAAUAGAUCGAGUAAAGCUAUCGGAAUAAUUAAUUAUCAUUUAAUCAUGUUUUCCUAAAUUUUUCUCGUUGAAUUCCCGUUCACUCCCAUCAUAGUAUUCUGUUAUUUCUUGCCCUAGAGCCCUCAUUUUUUGUCGCAUAAUUUACUGCGUCUCAUCACUUCCAAACCUGUCUCUCUCUCUCACUCCAACCGUCUCUCCACAUCCAUCCAUUCAUCUUCACGUUCGCAAUUUCUGUGAUUUGACCAAAAGUUGACUCUUUUCCGCCCUAAUUUAUUGUAAUUUCCUGCGAAAAAGUUGUGAUUCAAAAAAAAACUGUGAUUAUUUUCCAUGUGUUGUACUCAGAAAGAAAUCUAUUAAUAAAUAAUAACAAGUUU